AAUAUAACGGGAAGAACCGCGUUCCAUCUGUAAUAAUAAUAAAAACUCAGGCGAAGCGUCACCAUCACAAGACACACACCACUAUAUGUUAUUAGGGUUCUUUUCCUUUCUUGUUAAAAUUGAAAGGGGAAAGUGAAAAAUAAAAAAUAAAUCAAACACAGUUGUUUAUUCAUUUCAUUUCACAUGGCGAAAACGAGACCAGGCAAAAAGGAUUUAGACUCGUACACAAUCAGAGGAACAAACAAGAUCGUAAGAGCCGGAGAAUGUGUUCUGAUGCGACCUACAGACACAUCAAAACCACCGUACGUUGCUCGUGUGGAGAAGAUCGAACAAGACAACAGGAACAAUGUGAGAGUUCGCGUGAGAUGGUAUUACAGACCUGAGGAAUCAAUUGGUGGUCGUAGACAGUUUCAUGGUGCUAAAGAGCUUUUUCUUUCUGACCAUUAUGAUGUUCAGAGUGCUCACACUAUUGAAGGAAAAUGUGUUGUUCACUCUUUUAAGAAUUAUACUAAGCUUGAGAAUGUAGGUUCUGAGGAUUAUUAUUGUAGAUUUGAGUAUAAGGCUGCUACCGGUGCUUUCACUCCUGACCGUGUUGCCGUGUAUUGCAAAUGUGAAAUGCCUUAUAACCCGGAUGACCUCAUGGUACAAUGCGAGGGGUGCAAGGAUUGGUACCAUCCUGCUUGCGUGGGCGUGACUAUUGAAGAAGCAAAGAAAUUGGACCAUUUUGUUUGUGCUGAAUGUUCAUCGGAUGACGACAUAAAGAAACCCCAAACUACAUUUUCUUCAUCACCUGGCUCUGAUAGCAAGGUGGAGCCUAAGCGGCGGAAGAGAGGACCAUAAUGCAUAGCCGACUGCAAAACUGCUGAGUUUUAUGGGUUCUUUUAUAUUUGUAGUUGUGGAGUGUGUUGUACAGCUUCUUCUAGGGGCUAAAAACAUUUUAUGCAUUUGACUCAAUAUGUAUGCAUCUGUUAGAUUUUAUGGCAGACAUUCCCUUUUUUUCA